GUCACCGGCGACUGCUUCAAGUGUGCAUCCUUGCUGUGUUUACAAUUUAUUGGUUAUAGAACUAAAAUUGACAUUGCAAAAAUUAUAAGUUAGUACUAGUAUCAAUAUUACGUGUUUGGUACACAAAAAUAAACCUUGUUGAUUAGAUGGCGAGUGCGAUUGAAUCUCCAUUAAAACCUACCACUUCUCUUCUCUCCGACGAUACCGAAGAGGAAUCGUUUGUUAUUUUGAGUAAAUCGAUUGAUCCAAAUUUCGAAAGUAUGUCAUUUGAGCAAGACGACGAAAUGAAAUCGAUUAAUUUGGGCAAACAGAUUGUCAACGAUUUUAUUCAAAAUGAGAUGACGACCUCCAGUAAUUUACCUCCUAUGCCUGUGCAGGGUUUUGAUGUUGAUAAGGAGAACGUGGAUAAUAUAUCAAAUUUAUCGAACGAAUCCCUUCCAGGCGAUAUACAAGCGAAGAUCAGUGAACUUAUUGAAGAAAACAAUAAACUCAAAAAUACCAUCAUGGAAAAUAAUAAUAGCAUGAAAUCUCAAAAAGAUAGGAUUCUUGUAUGGCAGGAAGAAGUGAAAAACGUUUUUGCCGCCAAUAAGCAACAGUUUAAGGAGGCAAAAGAAAUAAUUGAAAGUCAAAAAAAGGAAAUAGCAAAGCUGAUGCAACAACAGAUGGUAACUUCUGGCGAAAAAACGAAACAGGUGUCUACAUUAACCAAUCAGUGCGCUGAACUAUCUCUUUCGAAAAAUGAGCAACAAUUAUUGGACGUACAGGCUGAGGUGAAACGUUUACAAAUUCAACUUAAAAAAGAAAUGGAUGAGAAAGCACAAUUCCAAGAUGAAUUAAAUAAACUGAAGGAAUCUCAAAUGAAUAAGUGUCAGGAAUUAGAACGUGAAUUAGCAAACCAAGUUAACAAAUUUCAAAAAGAAAUAAACGACAAAGUCGCCUCAAACAAUAUGCUUUCGAUGGAAAUGGAAAUCCUAAAGAAAAAGUUACAAGCUCCCCAGGAAAUAAGUAAUCUAGGAUCACUUCAAGAAGAAAUUACCAAACUUAAAGGACAAUUAGACUCCAGCACAAAAUAUAUUGAACAGUUAAAAAUUGAAAAUGGUCAUUUGCAAGAAAUAAAUUCUUCAGUCAACGAGCAGCUCGUUAACGUUCAGGAAGAACUAAUGGCCACCAACGUGACACUUAACAAUCUCAACAAAAAAAUGCAGGAAAUGAAAGAACAACUGAGUGUCAAGGAGGCGUUUGUGGAAGAAUUACAAAAUAAGCAAAAGAUCGCUGAAGAUAAAAAUGCCGUCUUUCAAAUGCAAAUGGAUGUUUACAAAGCCGAUUUCGAAGCGGAGAGAUCUGCCCGCGAAGUGUUGGUUCAAGAAAGAGAACAACUCAACGAGGAUUUGCAGAACGUACACAGAAGAAAUCAACAACUGUUAGAAGAAAUUGAACUUGUUAGGAAAAAUACAGAUUGGGUUGUUCCCCCGGGCAACUCGAGAGCUUCUCCAGCACCAAGUGCGACUUACGAGAUUUGGUUGUUAAAUAUUAUUAUCAAUGGACUCAAAUCUCUGAAUGUUCAAAAUAUCACAACGUAUUUUGGAAAUUUACUACAUUUUGUAAUACUGAACGGAAUAGUCCAUGUUAUAAUUAUUGUCAUUGUGGCAAUAGUUUUCUGGCAUUCUUUAAAAUAAAUUUUUAUUUAAAAUUGAGUCUAUAGUGUACAGGAAUAAUUUGAUUGAAGUGAUUUAGGAGAUAGAAACUAUUAUCUGGAGUCAUUUGUUCAAAAAUAACUAGUGAUGGACGAGUCCGGCAUGUUUUACUUGAUGGUUUGUCUCGCAAUCAAGUCCAGUGGUCGAGUGAGUUGAGUCGACUCGAUUCUUCUAAACCAUCGCAUUGGUAUGAUGCAUCAUAUUUUGGCAGUUUGGAAUAACGAGACGCCAUACAAGUACGACAGGUUUUAAUCGACUAUCGUUACAAUCCGCCAAAAUCUUUUAGACGAUGCAUUGAUCGCGAAAUAAUCUGAAAACAUCUUGAUUGUUCAGUCGGGUUACCAGUCGAUGAUUAGCUCUAUUGUUGAUUUGGAUUGUUUGCGAUUCAUUCCAUUGUGUCAACAUCUCAUCGUCCAUUACUAAAAAUAACCAUAUUUUUGUCUUCCUUGACUAUGUGGAAUCUGUGAUGUUUGAGUAAGAGCUUUUAAUUAUAUAUUUCUGAAUAUUAACUUAGAUUUAUAGGAUUUUAGCACCUAGGAAAUGUAAUGUUAAUAAAUUAAUAAUGUACAAUGUA